AUGGCACGUGGCCAGCACCAGGACGUCGGUGGCGUGGGGGAUGGCGACCGGGUCGAAGGCGAGGUCGCACCUGUAGGACACGAGGACGCCGGGAAAGGCCUCCUUGAGACGCGUCCCAGGGAGGCCCCGCACGAUGGACUUCACCGCCCUGUUGGCGAGGCGGCGCAGUACGGGCGGAACCUCCAGCCCAAGGUCGUGCUCCUGGUGGUGGAAGGCGGCCAAGAAGUACUCCUUGGCGCUGCGAUAGCCCCCCUUCUUGAAGGCCGCCCCCAGUGUCGGCGGAUACCGGCCAUGGGUCGACCUGGCCCUGGUACGACAGGGCCAUCCACGUCUUCAGCCUGGACGCGUAAGGCCCUUUAG